UCCUCCUCUGCUACAGAGCAGACACGAAUAGAAUGGAACACACCAUCACCACACACUUGGUGUCCCCUUUAACACAAUACCAUAUCACACACAGGUACAGAUAGUCACACACACGCUGAUGCUACCACAGUGGGCCAUAAAGACAAUUGUGUCAAUAAAGUUUUUUCAAACAAACAACUGGACGUCACACCACAAUGGCGGCCAGCACAACAGUGACAGUUCUGACUCCCAAUGGAAGAAGACAAACCGUAAAAAUCUCGCCAAACACACCUUUGCUACAGGUCCUCGAAGACGUCUGCAAGAAACAUGGAAUUAAUCCUGACGACCACGGUUUAAAAUUUCAGAGGAACGUUCUGGACCUGUCGCUCCAGUGGAGGUUUGCCAGCGUGCCAAACAAUGCCAAGCUGGAGGUGGUGACCAGCACCCGGAAACAGACAGGGACCGACAGCCCGGUGCGUAUUGCCCUGCAGAUGGAAGAUGGUACCAGACUCCAGGGUACUUUCUCCAGUGGACAGACACUAUGGGAGCUGCUCACACACUUUCCCCAGACCAGCGCAUCUGAGUUGUCUGAAUCAGGUUCCACUCCUGUCUGUGUUUACAUGAGAGAUGAGGUGAGUGGUGAGGCAGCUCUAAAGAAGGCCAGUCUGAAGUCUCUGGGACUCACAGGAGGAAGUGCCAUAGUCAGGUUUUUACUGAAGAAGACCAAAUCGCCAGGCAACGGAGACGAUGACGGCAUGGAGGCGGCUUCCACGGAGACAGAUCCCGUCGCCAAGGAAACCAAGCCCCGCCCUUUACCCCCCGCCGGACCGCCUCCCUCACAACCAGAGCGUGCAGCGCUGCCUUCAAUCAAAAAGGAGAGCCCUGACAGGCCGGUUGAGACUGCGGAUGCCCCAGUCCACGUCCCCUCGGCCGCUGGCAGCACACUUCCUGGCAAACAGGAAGCGGAAGUGGUUACAAACUCCCAAAUUGCGGUGCGGCCUAAAAGCAGUCCCUUCUGGGGAGUGAAGAGGGAGGAAGAGGGGGAUGGAGAGAGGGCAGGACCAUCUGGUCAGUGCGCUGUCCAUCCUUCCUCCUCCUCCUCUUCCUCUCCUCCCUCCGCUCCCUUCAUCCCUUUCUCUGGAGGGGGUCAGAGGCUGGGGGGGCCGGGGGUGAGCGGUGUAGGAGCAUCAUCACUACCAUCAAUGGUUGGCGGGCCGCCCAAAGCCAAGAAAUCUAAACCCAACAACGCCAAGCGCCAAGCCAGUACCAAACAGGAUGACUGGGCCGUGGUAGAGGAGGUUCUGCAGCCGGUGGACAGGGAACCCCUGAUCUACCACAUGGACUCUGGGGCGCAUCGCUACGGCAACGAACAGGACUUGCCAGACGAGUUCUUUGAGGUGACUGUGGACGACAUCCGCAAACGCUUCGCUCAGCUGAAGAGUGAGAGGAGGGUACUAGAGGAGGCUCCUCUGAUGACUAAAGCUCUGAGAGAAUCUCAGAUGAAGGAUAAGAUGGACAGAUACCCCCGAGUAGUUCUGAGGGUCCAGUUCCCUGACAGAUGUGUUCUACAGGGAUUCUUCAGACCUCUAGAGACAGUUGCUGCUCUGAGGCACUUUGUGAAGAGCCACCUGCAGGACCCCGAACUACCCUUCUACCUGUUCAUCGCUCCUCCUAAAACCAUUCUGGAGGACCCAACAGCCACCCUCUUCCAGGCUGACCUGUUCCCUGCUGCCCUGGUCUACUUUGGCUCUGACGUCAAGACAGAGAGUUACUUAGAGAGACAUCUCCUGGAUUCCAGUGUCUCGGCCCUACAAGCAGACGAGGCCAUUGCUGGCUGUAUGCCCAGGUCUUCGCCCCCCUCUUCCUUCUCUUCCAUGGUAACAGAGGAGCCCCUUCCAGACCCCCCCGCGGGGACCAGGGAGAUUGAGGAGGAGGAGGAGGAAGAGAAGCCGAACACACACAGCCAGGCCACCAAACCAGUCAGGACGGACACCGGCAAGGUCCCCAAGUGGCUCAAACUGCCAGGUAAGAAAUGAGGAUUGUGAUCAGAUGACUACGGCUACCAUAGAGGGACAUACAGAACAGAGCGGACGCCUCAACACACUGUUCCCCCUACCUUUUUAUUAACAUGAAAUUCCAGGCUCAGAGUGGAUUGUGAUGUAUUCAAACCCGUUGUGAAUCCAGUGUGCACUUCAAAUAGUUUUACAAGAGUUCAAAAACGUGAAACGAAUGAAUAAAGGAGUCUAAAAUAUCUCCAUUGCCAAUA